GCAAAAAAAGCAUCAAGCGAACUGCCUCUCUCACUCUCACUCACUCACUCACUCACUCACUGUCUCUCCCACCAGCGCCCGCGCCUACCUUGCCAGACGACGGGCAGAGGAAAACAUAAAACCCUCAACCGCCCGCUUCGACUGCUCUUAUCGUACCUGCUCUUUACUUUUCCACAUCCCAUUCCUCUAUUCCUCCCGUAACAAUCCUAUAGAUCAUUUGAUCUCUACUGCUCGAACCUUUUUCGGAUCUUCAAAUUGGACCUUGUUCUUUCCCGUUUUUAUCACAUUACAUACACACAACCGCAAAAAUGGCGACAGAAGCUGCCUUCACCUCCAGGCCCGAGACCUUGGCCAAGUACCUCAAGCUUGACCAGAAGGGCUCAAUCAUGGCCGAGUACAUCUGGAUCGACGCUGAUGGCGAGACCCGUUCCAAGUCGAGGACCCUCAAGGAGAAGGAGUACACCCCCGAGGACCUUCCUAUGUGGAACUUUGACGGUUCCUCCACCAACCAGGCCCCCGGCGACAACUCUGAUGUCUACCUGAAGCCCGUUGCCGUCUUCCCCGACCCUUUCCGUGGAUCUCCCAACAUCCUCGUUCUCGCCGAGUGCUGGAACGCCGAUGGCACCCCCAACAAGUACAACUACAGACAUGAGUGCGCCAAGUUGAUGGAGGCUCACGCCGCCCACGAGCCUUGGUUCGGUCUCGAGCAGGAGUACACUCUGCUUGACCUCAGCAACCGCCCCUUCGGCUGGCCCGCUAACGGCUUCCCUGCUCCCCAGGGCCCCUACUACUGCGGUGUUGGUGCCGGCAAGGUCGUCCAGCGCGACAUCGUCGACGCCCACUACAAGGCCUGCCUCUACUCUGGCAUCAAGAUCUCUGGUACCAACGCCGAGGUCAUGCCCGCUCAGUGGGAGUACCAGGUCGGUCCCUGCACCGGCAUUGAGAUGGGUGACCACCUCUGGCUCGCUCGCUUCCUCCUGGCCCGCAUUGCAGAGGAGUUCGGCGCCAAGGUCUCCGUUGAGCCCAAGCCCAUCCCCGGUGACUGGAACGGUGCCGGCCUUCACUCCAACUUCUCUUCCAAGGAGAUGCGUGUUGAGGGUGGCAUGAAGCACAUCGAGGCUGCCAUCAAGAAGCUUGAGGGCCGCCACAAGGAGCACAUUGCCGUCUACGGCGAGGGCAACGAGAAGCGUCUCACUGGCCGCCACGAGACUGGAUCCAUCGAUUCGUUCUCUUACGGAGUUGCCAACCGUGGUGCUUCCAUCCGUAUCCCCAGAGAGUGCGCCCAGAAGGGCUACGGCUACUUUGAGGAUCGCCGCCCCGCCUCAAAUGCCGACCCCUACAGAAUUACUGGUAUUAUGAUGGAGACUAUUUACGGUACUGCCGAGUGAAGGGGAGAUGGAAAAAGAGAGGAUGGUAUACCCUAGUUCAAACGACGACAAGUCGUAUUGAAUAUGCUUUUAUCAGCGUGUCACAUAGAUCAGAGAAGGUCAUUACGGGUCAAUGAAGAUUCAAACAAGGUUCAAAAAAAAAAAAUCCCAUACUACAGUUCAAAGACAA